AUGGAUUCAUCCUCUUCACCUCGAGUCGUGAAGCAGUACCAAGUGUUCCUCAGCUUCCGAGGAGAAGACACUCGCAGGACCAUUGUCAGCUUCUUGCACAAAGCACUUGUUGACCGGGGAAUUAAUACCUUCAAAGAUGAUAAAACGCUUGAGAUUGGCAGCUCCAUUUCAGACGAAAUCAAAGAAGCUAUACAUAAUUCAAAGAUCGCGGUUGUGGUUAUCUCGGAGAACUAUGCUUCUUCAACUUGGUGUCUGAACGAGCUCCAAAUGAUAUUGGAUCUUCACAAGAAACAGCAGCUCACUGCAGUCCCAAUCUUUUACGAUGUCGCUCCCUCUGACGUUGGGCAUCAGAGAGGAACCUUCGCCUUAGAAAGGUACAAAUGCUCAAAAAUCAUGCUGUUGUUUUCCAGCGAGAAGAGAAAAUUUGCGGAGAAGAUUCAGAAAUGGAGAGAAGCUCUAACCGAAAUUGCAGGAAUAUCAGGCACGGACUCCAAAACUUGGUGA